ACUCGCUAGUCUUCAGCGGCGAGAUUAGUACUCUCUCUUGUUCUCUUCUAUAUAAGGCACACAUCAUCUUAAUAACUCUAUUGUCUCCCUCUACCUACCUCACCUUCCUCUCUUGUAGCUCUUCAUCUCCCUUUACCUUUUUAACUGGGUUGGGUCCCGAAGGAGCCAGAACCCAUUAGAUAAGCAUGACAAUAAAUUUUACAAAAAUACCCUAUAGAAAGUAAAAACUGCAACCUAGUCCAAGCACUUUACAGACCCCAUAUCAUCAUGAUAGAUUGUAAUUAUACCCUGCCUAAAAGCAUCACCAAGAUCCAAGACCUCUAUCGCCGGGGAUGAACUACUUGGGAUGGAGGCCUCGCUUAUGGCGUAGGGUUGCAGGCCCUUGAUGGACACUUGACUGCCUCCCUUAUGGCGUCAAGCCGGGAGGAAUAGCAGGAGCUGGUGCCGAAGUCGCUAGAAAUGCCUCCCUACCUUGGCCGUGGUCAUUUGUCAACGUCAUUUUCGUCGUCACGUAGUAUUAGCGGUCAAUAUCGAUAAUCCCGAGGCAACCGAUAGAUGUCUCAAAUUCUUGCCGCUCUUGUUCUAAAGUCUCCAUAUACAUAGUAUGUAAUUUCACAAAAAAUAAUAAUAUAUAUAUAUACAUAGUAUGACUAUGUAUAUAUAUGUGUGUGUCCAGUUUAAUGGUAGAGUGGUAACGUUCUUCUUGAGAACAGAAGGAACACGCGAUACAGCACAAAAAUGGCUCCUCGAGACCGCAAGACGAGCCGAUCAAAAGAUUUCCUCCUGAGCUCAGGAACGGCAGCCGUGCCGGUGAAGUCACGCAGCGCCGUCCCGGACACGCCGCCGGUCCUGUUCGCGUACGGGGCGCUGCCGUACCAGCAGAGCGGCGGGCGGCGGAGGUGGCGCGAGUGCACCGUCGUGCUGGGCGCCGUGGCCAUGGUGGCGCUCUUCCUCACCCACGCGCUCCUCCCAAGGGCCAGCGUGUUGUCCGAGGAGACGCGCGGGCAGGCACGAGCGGACCAGAACAUCAUAGUCGCUGCCGGCGCCGAUGCCGACGGGUUCCCGUGGAGCAACGAGAUGCUGCAGUGGCAGCGAACCGGGUUCCAUUUCCAGCCGGAGAAGAACUACAUGAACGAUCCAAACGCUCCCAUGUACUAUCGUGGACGGUACCACUUCUUCUACCAGUACAACCCCACCGGCGUCGUCUGGGGCAACAUCACGUGGGGCCACGCCGUGUCGCGGGACCUGGUCCACUGGCGCCACCUCCCUCUCGCCAUGGUGCCCGACCAGUGGUACGACAUCCACGGCGUUCUCACCGGCUCCGCCACCAUACUCCCCAACGGCACCGUCAUCGUGCUCUACACAGGCAAAACCGACACCUCUGCUCAGGUCCAGUGCCUCGCCCUUCCCGCCGACCCGGAUGAUCCCCUCCUUGUCAACUGGACCAAGCAUCCCGCCAACCCUGUCAUCCUCCCGCCCCCCGGCAUCGGCCUCCAGGACUUCCGCGACCCCACCACCGCCUGGUUUGACCGGUCUGACCUGACAUGGCGCACCCUCAUCGGCUCCAAGGACAACAACGGCCACGCCGGCAUCGCCUUGAUGUACAAGACCAAAGACUUCAUCAGGUACGAGCUCAUCCCCGAGGUGCUCCACCGCGUCGAGGGCACCGGCAUGUGGGAGUGCGUCGACUUCUACCCGGUCGGCGGCAGCAACAAUUCCUCCGAGGAGGCGUUGUACGUGUUGAAGGCGAGCAUGGACGACGAACGACAUGACUACUACGCGCUCGGGAGAUAUAAUGCGGCGACCAACACGUGGACGCCGUUGGACCCAGAGCUGGACGUCGGGAUCGGGCUGAGGUAUGACUGGGGAAAGUUUUUCGCUGCCACGUCUUUCUACGACCCGGUGAAACGGCGGCGCGUGAUGUGGGCUUAUGUCGGCGAGACCGACUCCUUGAGUGCCAACGUUGCCAAGGGAUGGGCUUCGGUCCAGACGAUUCCGAGGACGGUAGUGUUGGAUGAGAAGACCCGGACGAACCUCCUCCAAUGGCCGGUAGAGGAGAUCGAGGCCCUCCGCUUCAACAGCGCCGACUUUGGCGUCAUCACUAUCCACACUGGAUCCAUCAUCCCUCUCCGCCUCCGCCAAGCCACUCAGCUUGACAUCGAGGCCUCCUUUCGCCUGGACGCUUCCGCUAUUGCCAUCAUCAACGAGGCUGACAUCAACUACAACUGCAGCACCAGCGGUGGAGCCUCAACCAUGGGCGCACUUGGUCCCUUCGGCCUCCUCAUCCACGCUACUGGUAAUGGUGGCAGCGAACAACUCGCGGUUUACUUCUAUGUAUCGAGGGGCCUUGACGGGGCACUCCGAACCCACUUCUGCCAUGACGAAUUGUUGUCGUCUCGGGCGAAUGAUGUCAUGAAGAGAGUGGUGGGCAGCACGGUGCCAGUGCUCGAUGGCGAGGCUCUAUCUGUGAGGGUGCUCGUGGACCAUUCGAUUGUGGAGAGCUUCGCGAUGGGUGGGAGGUUGACGGCCACGUCGCGGGUGUACCCAAUGGAAGCCGUCCACAUGGCAGCGGGGGUAUACCUUUUCAACAACGCCACAGGCUCCUCCAUCACCGUCGAGAAGCUUGUAGUUCAUGAGAUGGCCUCGGCAUCUUACAACCAGACUUUCGUGGCCGACGACGACUCGUAGCUUCAGUAACCUAUAUACUAAUCUGGUAAUGGGGUUAGGAUCCUCUGUAAUAGUCCACCAUGCAGUACGGUCACUGCCGUGUGGACCCAGCCCCAAAUGUCAUCUGCACUAUAGCACCAUACAGUACCGCAGAGGAUCUCAACCUCUGGCAAUGAGGGUCACUUGCCUCCAAACUAUGACUCCUAUGAUAAUAACGACGGCUAGUACCUAUACUGGAGUGUUAUGCGCGCCUUAUUGUGCGGUUU